UCGCAUAUAAAAUGGAUAGAUAGACAUUUAUUAAAUGGAAAGAAAAAGACAACUGUUAUAUAAAAAUAAACAUUAAAAUGAUAAAAAUAAAAUUGUAGACAAAGUUACAUAUUUAAUAUGAUCUCAAAAUUGCUUUAUAAACAAACGAGAGGGGAGAGACGUUAAUGUCGGAUAAGGUUAUUUAUGGCGUUAAACUUGUUACAAAUGAUGGACACAAACAUGUAAUUUAGCCAAAAUAUUGGUUCUAACAUAUUCAUAAUAAAACAUUUAGAGGAGAAGGUGUAAAUAUGGAAUAUGGUCUAAAUAUGGAAUACCAAGGUUUUGAAAAAACCAAUAAGUCAUUAUUUAAGCGUAUUUUUUUUUAUUACAUGAUUUUAUUUAAAUAUUCUGUACGUUGACAGUCUACAUGAACUAAAGUUUAAUAUGCCGUUGUAUUUGUUGAAGUUUUUGUUUUGAUACAUUAGAUAUAACCUCAAAUAUUGAAAACGUAUAGUGUUGGUAAUAUGGAAUACUG